UCUUGAAUAAUUGCUGGUUCAACUUCUCUCUCUAUCAAUUUAGGCCUGCUUAAGAGAACUUCAGAGAUGUUGGGUCUGCAAUUUGAGCUUACAUACAAUGGGUUAUGGAGUUUCUAAGGAAAUGUUGAAUUGUUUCAUGUCCUUUUGGUGUGGAUAAAAAUGAGGUUGGCUCCACGAACGCCACGAUUUAAGCGUUUUUUUGGGAAUUGAGCGAAGCUCUUUAUCAAAUCUUCCACUGCUACGGUAUGGAGCCGAGCUCCAUUAGUGGCUUUAGGUCUGGAAGACCAAAGCCUUACGAAGAGAGCGCAAGCCCUCAGAGUGGCAAUAGAGCUGUUCCAUGGAGGAAUUUCGACACAUCAGUGAAUGCAAUCUCUUUUGGGUUUGUGGCCACCGCCAUUCUGAUAUCCAUGUUUCUUAUAAUGGCCAUCUUCGAGCAUCUGUUAAGGCCAAGGCCACCACCUUUUCCUUCUUCUCAGGCUGGGGAAGACAGAUCCUUAGGAUUGCGUCCUCGAGUCCAUAUGCUUGAUAAACUUGGCAACCCAUGCACUGUUUCAGUUGGAAGCACGAUUGAUUUUUCAGUGGUGAUGCCGGGUCAAGACAUUCCUACUUUCAUUGCACACCCUGCGCCUUUGCCCUGUAAUAGAGAAGGGAUUUCUUGGCCUUCCCAUGAUAAUGGCCUUGCCUCUUAGAAUAAAACUUAUAUGUACAAGAAAGGAGGGGGAUUGUUGAGGGGGUCUUUAGAGAGAGAAAGAGAUAGAGAGAGAGAGAGAUGGAGGGGAGACAUUUGGCAAGAUAUUGUAUAGAACUACAGAUAGAAAAGGCUGGGAUUCGUUGGUCUUUUGUCAUUAAGAACCAUAUCCGUUAUCAAGGAAAGCAACCAAUUUUCCUUUAAUUGGAUUUGGAUUGAAUACCAUGAAUUUCAACAUCAGAGAGAGAGAGAGUGGUUGCAAUUUCCACAGGCAGUACAUGUGGUCUGCAAUCGUUUCAAAUGUCAAAAUAUUGUUGAAAUGGCUCUUGAAAACGUAAUGGUGGAAGUUACAUUGGAUUUUA